UAGAGCUUGUGUAACCGGGACAAUAUCAGCGGCUCCUCAUUGUUCAUCUCAAGCCAUCGCUCCCCCGAUCCUCACAGCUGCAGCACCAUGUGCCGGAAAGAGCCCUUCCUGCUGCCGACUGCGCUCUGCAUCCUAGCGGCCCUCGUGCUGCACCAGGGACCAGUUGAAGCACUCGGGGGAUCCAGAUUAUGCAAGACAGGAUUUCUUGAGGAUGUUUAUCACGCCAGUGUCUACAGAAGUGUACAUGAAGGGCAACCGCUUCUAAAUGUGAAGUUUACUGACUGCGGUGCUGAUAGACGGAUACAUUAUGAAACCAGUAACCCUACAGAUUUUCGGAUUGAUGGCGAUGGAAUUGUAUGUGCCUCAAGAACUUUUGACAUUUCUCCAGAGCAGGCAGAAUUUUUAGUGUAUGCACAAGAUGAAGAUACCAGAGAACUGUGGCAUGUGACGGUGAAAAUAACUUUAAGGCCACGGCAUGUUCAAGAUUUGCACCAGGGCUUUCACAAAGUCAGAGAGAUUAAGUUUUCAACACAGCGUAAGCACAAUGGAUUGCAGAGGCAGAAGAGGGAUUGGGUUAUUCCACCAAUUAAUGUACCAGAAAACGCAAGGGGAACAUUUCCUCAGGAAUUAGUUGGAAUUAGGUCUGACCGCGAUAAAAGCCUUUCCCUACGGUACAGUGUUACUGGUCCCGGAGCUGAUCAACCUCCACUCGGUGUCUUCAUUAUUAAUCCAAUCUCAGGGCAGCUUUCUGUGACAAAGCCUUUGGAUCGGGAGCAGAUUGCUACUUUUCAUCUGAGGGCACAUGCAGUAGAUGUAAAUGGAAAUCAGGUGGAAAAUCCAAUAGACAUUGUGAUCAAUGUAAUAGAUAUGAAUGACAACCGUCCCGAAUUCCUACACCAGAUAUGGAAUGGCACUAUUCCCGAAGGAUCGAAGCCAGGAACAUAUGUGAUGACUGUCACAGCUAUUGAUGGUGAUGAUCCCAAACAACCAAAUGGCAUGUUGAGAUACAAAAUCCUGUCCCAGACCCCAGCCAGCUCUUCUCCCAAUAUGUUUACAAUUAACAAUGAAACCGGUGAUAUUAUCACUCUGGCAGCAGGACUAGACAGAGAGAAAGUGCAGCGAUACACAUUAAUAAUUCAAGCCACGGACAUGGAAGGAAACCCAACAUAUGGUCUCUCAAACACAGCAACCGCUGUCAUUGCAGUGACAGAUGUCAAUGACAAUGCUCCUGAGUUCACAGCAAUGACUUUUUAUGGAGAAGUGCCUGAAAACAGAGUUGAUGUAGUAGUAGCCAACUUAACUGUAACAGAUAAGGACCAACCUCACACACCUGCCUGGAAUGCGGUAUAUAGAAUCGUCGGGGGUGAUGGCACAGGGCGAUUCGCCAUUAAGACUGAUGCAAACAGCAACGAUGGCUUAGUGACUGUUGUAAAACCAAUAGACUAUGAAACCAAAAGCACAUACAUCCUAACAGUGGUUGCGGAAAAUCAAGUGGAAUUGAUAAAGGGCAUCCAGUACAAACCAGAGUCAACAGCAACCGUCUCCGUUACAAUUAUAGAUGUAAAUGAGAACCCUUAUUUUACUCCAAAUCCAAAACUUAUACGACAGGAAGAAGGGUUGUUUGCCGGAAAAUUGUUGACAACCUUUUCUGCUCAGGAUCCAGAUCGCUAUAUGCAGCAAACAAUAAGGUACUCCAAACUUUCAGAUCCCGCAAACUGGCUUAAGAUUGACCCUGUAAAUGGUUUUAUCACCACUACGGCGGUUCUGGAUAGAGAAUCCAUUUAUGUAAAAAACAACAUGUACAACGCUACAUUCCUGGCAACAGACAGUGGCAUUCCUCCAAUGAGUGGCACUGGGACACUGCAGAUUUACCUAUUAGACAUUAACGACAAUGCUCCUUAUGUGUAUCCGCAAGAAGUAGAGAUCUGCGAUAGGCCUGAUCCCAAUGCAAUCAAUAUUACAGCCUUAGAUGCAGAUAUUAAUCCAAAUGCAGGGCCCUUUAUCUUUGAACUUCCUUACAGUCCGAUGGAUAUCAAAAAAAACUGGACAGUGACACGACUGAGCGGUGACCAUGCGCAACUCAGCUUAAAGAUUGGAUCCCUUGAUUAUGGCAUCUAUAAUAUUCCAAUUCAGAUCACAGAUUCCGGAAAUCCUGCCAUGUCAAACACUUCUUACCUGCGUGUAAAGGUCUGCUCUUGUGAGCAUGGAUACUGCAGCACUACAGCUCCCAUUAUUGGAACUGGCUUGGGCACAGGAGCUAUUAUUGCAAUUCUUCUUUGCAUUAUCAUUUUACUCACUUUAGUUUUGAUGUUUGUUGUAUGGAUGAAGCGUCGUGACAAGGAGCGACAGGCAAAGCAGCUACUUAUUGAUCCAGAAGAUGAUGUCAGAGAUAAUAUUCUGAAGUACGACGAAGAAGGUGGAGGAGAAGAAGAUCAGGACUAUGAUUUAAGCCAGUUGCAGCAGCCUGACACUGUGGAACCGGACACCAUUAAACCUGUCGGAAUACGGCGUAUGGACGAAAGACCAAUCCAUGCUGAACCUCAGUAUCCUAUCCGCUCAGCUGCUCCCCAUCCUGGUGAUAUAGGAGACUUCAUAAAUGAGGGGUUGAAAGCAGCGGACAAUGACCCAACAGCUCCACCUUACGAUUCCUUGUUAGUGUUCGAUUAUGAAGGCAGCGGCUCCACUGCAGGGUCGCUAAGUUCACUGAACUCGUCCAGUAGUGGCGGAGAGCAAGAUUACGACUACUUAAACGACUGGGGCCCUCGAUUCAAGAAACUCGCCGAUAUGUACGGAGGGAGCGACGACUGAACUGCUACACGAACUUUUGUUUUUGGGACAAGAACAAACAUUCGAACUGAUAUUCCC